GAAGUUGCCGGGGACAGGUGACAUGGCGGCCAGCGGGAAGACCAAGUCUGCGCCAAACCACGUUAUCUUCAAGAAGAUCUCCCGGGACAAAUCGGUGACCAUCUACCUGGGGAAGAGAGACUAUGUAGACCACGUCAGCCAAGUAGAGCCUGUGGAUGGUGUCAUACUGGUUGAUCCCGAGCUCCUGAAAGGAAAGAAAGUGUACGUCUCUCUGACCUGCGCCUUCCGCUAUGGCCAGGAGGACAUCGACGUGAUGGGCCUGAGCUUCCGCAGGGACCUCUACUUCUCUCGGGUCCAGGUGUACCCUCCCGCUGGCGCCGCGAGCACCACCACGAAACUGCAGGAGAGCCUGCGGAAGAAGCUGGGGGGCAACACGUACCCCUUUCUGCUCACGUUUCCUGACUACUUGCCCUGUUCAGUGAUGCUGCAGCCAGCUCCGCAAGACAUGGGGAAGUGCUGUGGGGUCGACUUUGAGGUCAAAGCAUUCGCCACAGACUGUGCCGAUGGCGAAGAGGACAAAAUCUCGAAGAGGAGCUCCGUGCGGUUACUGAUCCGGAAAGUACAACACGCUCCUCCUGAAAUGGGCCCCCAGCCCCGAGCUGAGGCGUCCUGGCAGUUCUUCAUGUCUGACAAGCCCCUGCACCUCACAGUCUCCCUCAGCAAAGAGAUCUAUUUCCAUGGGGAGCCCAUCCCUGUGACCGUGACUGUGACCAAUAACACGGAGAAGACAGUGAAGAGGAUUAAAGCACUAGUGGAACAGGUGGCCAAUGUGGUUCUCUACUCAAGCGACUAUUACGUCAAGCCGGUGGCCACGGAGGAAACACAAGAAAAAGUGCCACCAAACAGCACUUUGACCAAGACGCUGACGCUGGUGCCCUUGCUGUCCAACAAUCGAGAAAGGAGAGGCAUCGCCCUGGACGGGAAGAUCAAGCACGAGGACACGAACCUCGCCUCCAGCACCAUCAUUAAGGAGGGCAUAGACCGGACCGUCCUGGGGAUCCUGGUGUCUUACCAGAUCAAGGUGAAGCUCACGGUGUCGGGCUUUCUGGGCGAGCUCACCUCCAGUGAAGUGGCCACUGAGGUCCCCUUCCGCCUCAUGCACCCCCAGCCUGAGGACACAGCUAAGGAAAGUUUCCAGGACGAAAAUUUAGUUUUUGAGGAGUUUGCUCGCCAAAAUCUGAAAGAUGCAGGAGACCCUGAGGAAGGGAAGAAAGACAAGGAUGACGCCAAUGAUGAGUGAAGACGUCGGCUCAGGACGCGUGAAAGUGGCCUGUAGUUAUCAGUGCCACGAGCAAAGCCCCGCAGUGGGCCCUGCAGAGUUAUGCUAAAUACAAGAUAACCGUCUUCUUCCCAGAAAUAAAGCUUGUCCCUUCUCCCCUG